UCGCAAAAGUCGCAGGUAAGGUUAUCGUUUCCUGGUGACCUAAUUUUAAAAACGCCGUACUAUGGCGGACAGUUAGGGAAGUUAGAGAUUAUAGCAUUUAAAGAGAUGUGGAGUAUACUUUGGCUGAUAAUAGCCUUGUUGGCAAGGACACAUGCAGUGUCACGUCCUCCUGGUAUCUACAUUGAGCCUCCGUACGACAUUUACUACAAAGCUGGUGAAACAGUUGAGCUUCCAUGUAAGGCAGAUGGUGAACCUAAACCUUCAUAUGAUUGGAACAGAAAUGAGAUUGUUUUUAAUCCCAGUGGUAAUGAUGACAGAAUUGUACAACUGCCGGAUGCUGGUACUUUGGUUAUCAAUAUGCCAGAAGACAAAGAUGAAGGCAUUUUUCAGUGUUUUGCUAAAAAUGAUUUUGGAAAGUCUGCCAGUAAAAAGGUUAAUUUGAGGCAGGCCAAAUUGGCAAGUUUUGCUUUUGUAAAACCUACUUACCAUACACCAUUUUUGGGAAGACCUUACACACUUCCCUGUGUACCACCAGAAAGUGUUCCUCCUCCCAGUGUCUUCUGGAUAACUAAAACAGCCCAAGGAGGUUUUAAUGUUGUCAAUUAUGACUCCAGAGUCUCCAUGGACAGAGAAUAUCGACUUAGAAUAACCAAUGUGAAGAGAGAAGAUUGGAACAGUGGAAAUCCUUAUGCGUGUAUGGCAAUGAACAAUAUAAUGAGAAGCAACUCUCAGGGUCCCCUUCAUUAUAUAACACCAACUGGAGUAACUGAAGACUUCAUGAAAGUAGAAUACCUUUGGGCUGACCAGGAUGAUAGAUUUGGACUACUGGGGUCGAACUUUUCAGUCAAGUGUAUAUUUUCUGGAAACCCCACUCCUGAUGUGCAUUGGGAGAGAACAGACAAUAAAACAAUGUCUGACAGAGUCAAUACUAAAAGCUUUGCCCAAGAGUUACAGAUAACCAAUUUACAAUUUGAGGACGCUGGAACCUAUGAAUGCUGGGCGACAAACUCUGUCAGCCAAGAUCGAAAAUAUAGGACAUUUAAUAUCAGAGUGAAUGCCAGGCCGUACUUUUUAGAAGAGCCAAAAGAUAUUGAAGUUGGUGUGGGUGCUGAUGUAAUGUUUACAUGCUUAGCUGGUGGUGUUCCUGAACCUUCUAUUGAAUGGUUUGUCAAUGGAGAAUCACUUAAAGAUGUAAGAGAUCCUAGGAUCACCGGGCCAAGAUUCAAACAUCCAGUAGAGACCAAAAUUUUUCUGGAAAAAGUGGAACAAACAGAUCACAUGGUGUUUCAAUGCAAUGCCUCCAACAUCCAUGGCUAUGUCUUUGCUGAUGUUUAUCUCAAUGUCCUGUCUGAAGCUCCUACUAUUAUUACACCCCCUGAGCCAGAAACAGAAACAGCAGAAGGCCAAGAAGUAAUAUUGGUAUGUGAAACAACAGGCAAACCUGACCCAAUCAUCACCUGGUUUAAAGAUGAUGUCCUAAUAACAGGUGGUAGAUACAGGAUAUUAUCUACAGGAUCUCUUGUCAUUAGGGCUGUUGUCUUAGCUGAUGCUGGUCACUAUAAGUGUCAAGCAGAGAACAGGUACAAUGUGACUGAUGCCAGUGGAACACUUGUGGUGCGUCGCAAGACCAGGAUAGAACAAUACCCAUUUGACCUGGAAGUCUAUGCCCAAAGCGAAGCGAAAUUCACAUGUUCUGGCACCACUGAUCCAGAAGAAGUGGAAAAUCUGAAAAUUCUUUGGCAAAAAGAUGGCAAGCCCAUCACAGCUUACGAUCAGAGAAUGACUAUGAAUAGGCAAGACAACUCACUGACCAUAACUGGCACAAUAGUCAGGGAUUCUGGGACUUACACUUGUAUAGCCACCAAUGGUUUAGAUAACCAUACUGCUUCUGCAACUUUGUUGGUCAAAGACAAGCCAGAGCCACCAACCAAUGUACGUUGGCAAUUUUGCAAUAAAAACGCUACCAUCUUGUGGAUGCCUGGCAGCUACAACUAUGCCCCAAUCCAGUACUAUGUUCUACAGUACAAUACUUCAUUCAAUCCUGAUCAGUGGACAUUUGGACUUAAAGUGAAUGCCUCUUUAAGUCAAGUGAACAUGACCUUAUCUCCACAUGUAAACUACACCUUCAGACUUAUUGCUUACAACAAGAUAGGGGCCAGUGACCCUAGUGCCCCCACUCCUUCAGUCUGCUCUACCAAACCAGACAGGCCUUACAGCCACCCUCAGAACCUCCGCACUCUGGGUCACCAGUAUGGAAAGCUUUACAUUGAAUGGACUCCGGUUCCACAAAUCAUGCAAAAUGGUCCUGGGUUUUACUAUGUUUUACAAAUACUCCGUCUGGGGGCGCAGGCAGAAACGCAGAUAGAAAGUAAACCUAUAGAUGACUGGAGGACUAGUCAUUAUGAAAUGAAUUCUGCAAUGAUUUAUGAACCCUAUAGGAUCACAAUUAAAGCCAUUAACAGUGUGGGAGAAGCUUCUGCAGAUCCACCAACAAUAAUUGGUUAUUCAUAUGAAGCCCAACCCACUGUAACCCCAACAAAUUUCUUGGUAGAAGAAGAAGGAGAUACAUACGCCAUUUUCAGUUGGGAGUUUGACAAAUCUGAAGUCAAUAAAACUCAGUCAAGAAUUAGAGGAGAAUUCAAAGGGUUUAAGAUAAUAUUUUGGGAGCAGACUCAGAAAGCACUUACAGUCAGAGAGCAAGACAUUGGUCCAGAUGUAGUGAAGAAUGCAACAGGGAAUACAUUCACUGCUAGAGUAGAGAACAUGGUACCCAAUACUAAGAUGGAGGCCCAGAUAGCUGUCUUGAACAACUACUUUAUAGGUGUACCUACAGAGACCGUAAGGUUCACUACUCAACCCGGAUUUCCUGGUCCUGUGGAACUCUUGCGUAUCAUGAACAUUGGAGAUACACAUGUCAACUUAAUGUGGACAAAUCCAUUUGAAAACAGGGGUGACAUAGAAGGCUUUGAUAUCAGCUAUCGUUUAGUCAAAGGCUUGUAUCUGAGUGAAAUGCAAGACAGAGAGCCACAGAUAGAUGAUCCCCAUACAACCACUGCUUAUUUAAGUGGCUUGAUGCCCAGCUCCAAAUACAGAGUCUACAUCUAUGCCAGGACCGCUAAAGGAAGAGGAGAAGGAUACUUCAUAGAGUUGGUUACAGCUGAUCCUGGAACCCCGCGCAUGCCCCGCUUCUCCAUUGCAAAUGUUGGAGCUAGGAAUAUCAAUGUCACCUGGUGGAUCAAUGAGUUUGCUUUAUCUGGCACAGUUGUCUUUGUGGAAUGGAGGAAACUGGAUGGUCCAGAAUGGUUGCGUUCAACAGAUGAAGUGAUCAACUCAUGGAAGAACAUCAGCAACCUUGAACCUGGUACCACAUAUGAGGUUAGGAUCAAGGCCACAAAUGGAGAAUACAGUGUGGCAUCUGGCAUUGAAGAAGUUAGAACAAGCGGCAUAGCUGUGGCAUUCUCUUUAGCUGGCAAUAUAGGAUGGUUUAUUGGCAUGAUCUUGGCCAUCCUCCUGGUGAUAGGUUUGAUUGUCCUUUUCAUCCUGUGCUACAAACGUGGCUUCCGAUUCUCCCCUCGAGACAAGCAGAGCUACUACGAUGGUGCUGACACGUCUCGUGAGCAUUACUCCGGUACAUAUGAUAGGAUGGUGCUUAAGAAAGAUACGACCUACGUUGCCAGAGGUUCUGAACAGUUUGGUCCAGAGCCUAAAGGAUACAACAAUGACUACUAUGAUGACAGAGACUACCACAACUAUGAAGAAGGUGAUGAUGGUGGAUUUGAAAAGAAGCCUCCAAGCUACACUAGCGAAGAGAAAGAUUAUGAAGCUGAUAAAUACCACCCUAACAACAGAGAGUACGAGGAUUAUGAUAGAGAACCCAGAGACGGCUACGAUGAGGAUCAGUAUGACCCUGACUUUGAACCAGGGGAGCCCAACAAGUUUGAUAAGAGGGGAGCACCCCGUGAGCGCUAUGACCACAGCAACCAUUCCCAAGAUGACUAUCCAGAUGACCGCAACUACUAUGAUGAUGAGCAUGGCUAUGAUCAUGAAGAUGAUCGCUAUGAUGAUAGACGUGGCUACGAUGAUAGACGUGGUUAUGACGACAGGCGUGACGUUCGACCUGGCCGCAGGGAUCGACGUGGUUAUGAUGACAGUCGUGACAGCUAUGAUGACAGAUACACACCUAGUGUCACCUCCAGUAAGUCUGGUAGUGUUGCUAAGCCCUCUUCAUCAACAUUUGUUUAACAGUCUGCCACUCAGCUAUAUUUCUUAAAGCAAGUAAAAAUGAAUUGCAGCCUUUUUGCUCAGCUAUCUUUUCAUGCAUUGUCGAAUAUUUUUAUUUCUUAUUUACAAACUCAAUACUAAAUUUAUUUACAUUAAAAAAUUUUUUUUUAUUUAUUAAAGAACAAGGUGCAGACAUUUUAUUCUACAAUUAUGCUAGAUCUGAUAUGUAUAUAUCCUAAGUUUGUUUCUUUUAAUGCUAAUACUCGGCUGUGUGCAAACUUUGAGGUUAAUUUCAUCAAAUGUUGAAUUUACCAAAUGUUGAACAUCUCCAGCCUACUCAGUUCAAAAGAAUGUACAGUAAAUAUUUUUAUACUUGUUUUGUUUUUUUUUUUAAUGACAAGAAAUAACUCUCCACUGCAAAUAUAAAUCUUUUGAUGAAAUUUUUACAGCCUUUUUUCUCUCCCCUUAAAUCACUCACUAUUCUGCUGUAUUGUUCUCCACUUCAAAAAUAUAAAUUUUUAUGUUCCAUUUAUUUAAAUAUUCUUUUCCUAUUUGUAUAUAAAGAUGUGUGUAUUUUAUAUGACAUUUCCUGAAUUUGUAAGAGCUAGUAGCAGGAGUCCGUAUUGUUUGAAUUUGGCUGUCUUGUUGAAAAACUUUCCUACAAAGUAAUACAGUUAUAGUUUAUGUGAACAUCUUUGUUGUACUGAUUUCUGAGACUCCUAGACUGAUGUGAUUGUCUCUAAGAGUCCCUAAAGAUGUUAGAACAUUUGUUUUCACGUGUAAAUACACAAGAAUCAUGUUUGUUACUGUGUUUUUAAACAUUCCAUUUAAUUUCAAAUGUAUGGUAUGAACUGUCAUUUGUAUGACUGUAUGAAAGGGGAACUCCACAAUGUGACUUGUUCGUGUCCAAUUUUCAUUUUAUAGAAUUUCUGUUUUCAUAUAAAGUGUUGUUUUUUUUUUUAAAUCAUCAAAUAUCAGCUUAUUUGUACAAAGAAUUUUGUCUGUAUCAUAAGGCAAUGAUAAUAUGUAGGUAUAUUAUUUUGACUCAAGUCUAAAAACUUGGUCAGGAAAUAAAUUCAGCUGCUAGCACUUAAGAUUAACAUAAUAAUUGUUUGUAUUCACUUUAAAUGUUCUUGGGCUAUUUCUACAUGAGUUCUGGGUUAAAUAUGCUCACAGUGCCUCUCAUGCAAACAUUCCAUGUACAUUUUAGAUGUUUGAAAAUAAAACACAGAUCCACUGUGCCAUGUACAAACUGAUUUCUAAUAAAUAGAAUAAAUAAACUUCCAGAAUUUAA